AUGGUGUCAAAAACUCAACCUGCUAUUCCUCCUCCGCCUAUUCAUCUUGAAACAAUUUAUGAGGAAUCAGGUAGUAGUCUUACUUCAUCAGUUGUUGAUAUUCAUCAUCAAUCACGUAAUCAUCAAAAAUUGUCGAUAUAUAAUUCCAACCAGACUACUCAUGGUCUCAUUAGUGCUCGUUCAAUACCUUCAGUUGAUGUACAUCGACGACGUCGUACAAGUGAAUAUCAACAAAAACCACCUAUUGAAGUUAGAUAUCGAGAUGGAUCAAAGCGUUAUAUACAGCCAUUAUUACCAACAACUCCGAUGAUAAUGAAUAGAAGAAAAUAUUCUCAUUCUUCUCGUCAUGAUUCAUCGUCAUCUAUAAAAAACAAUAUAAAAUAUCGGCAAAUAUUUAAUAUAACGCCGAAAAAAAAGAAAAAACUGCCAGAACAAUCGAAAAUUAUUCUAACAAUUAUUACAGCUGAAGAUUUAAGCCAAGCUGGUAUUACACCACCUUCGACUUCAUCACCUGACGAGUCCGAGACUUUAACAUUAACCAAAUCACAAUCGAACUCGUCAUUAGAUACACUUAAAACAGUGAAAGACAUAUCAUUAAAAGAUACUGUUGCAGUACCAAUAGAACGAUUAUCAUUGGCAACUGUCCCGUCAAACGUUUCUUCUACUGCGCCGGUCAUCGAUAUUUCCGUAUCAAAUCUUCUUUUUCCUCCUCCUCCUUAUCAAAAGGAUUCUCAACAUCAACAUCAACAACAAAAAUUGAGGCAUCCUCUAGAAAUUGAUACAAUCCGUAGUCACAGUUUACCACCAACACAAAAUCAUUUUCCUUCGUCAUCCUCUUCUUCUUCUUCUUCAACACAACAAAAAUCCACUUCAAAUCAAGUACCACCAGUUAAUGCUCUGCCUCCAACUUCAAAAAAAACUUUCCCAUCACUUCAGAUAACUGUAACAGGCGAUGAGAAUGAAAAAGGUUCAUCAUCGAAAAGAUCACUUCAAAAUAAUACUUCAACAAAUUCAUCUAAAACUAAUAUUGAAACGAUGGACAGUGACUAUAAACAGUCUCUUCGACCGCAUGCUACUAUAUUAGGUACAAGUGGAUCACGUAGUGCAUUUCGUCCAUUUCAUAAAUCCACAGCAUUUAAUUCACAAACAGGAAUAGUAUCAAAUCUAAAUUCAAGAUCACAAAUAUCAAAACAUCAAAUGCUACAAAAUUUGUCACAACUACAACCGCAACAAACACAAUCACAACACUUAGUUCUAUCAUCUCAAACUUAUUCUCAACAGUAUCCACAAAAACUAUCAUCAGAUCCAAUGCGUUUUGCAUUACAAUCAUCAUCGUUUCUAUCUGAUCGUCGUUCAAUGAGUUCUGAUCCACCACCAAAACAAACAGUUAGUUCAUUUCUUUCGAAUCAAAUUUUGUCAGAUAAAAUAAUGAGUUUAACGUCACAGAUGAACACUUCAAAUCAUCCACAACAAAAUAUUAUUAAUUUUAUUGAUAAUUCACUUAAUCAAACAAUUAUAUCAAAAGAACAAAGUCCAGAUGGACAAGUUCAUAUGGUUACUGUUGAUCCAAAUUUACAAUGGCAUAGUGUAACAUCAAAAUCCUUAUAUGAUGUACCUCGUCUUUCAAAAAAAUAUUCCGAUAUACCAUUACGUAUAACAAUACCAGAAGGAACUCCAACACAUAAUCAAAAAUUACUUCAUAAACAUGAUGUUGCAUUAGAAAAACGUCUUUUAGAUGCCGGUUUAUCCCCUGAAACAAUUGCUUUAUAUGAAAGAAUUCUUGAAGUUGCUGAUAUUCGUCAAAUGGGUCGAAUACCACCAUCAGAAAUUAUCGAUCAGUAUCACAAUAAAUCAUUGUUAUCAGUAGUAAAAUAUUAA